CAAGAGAGGUUCAAGUUGGACAGUAGGUAAAACAACUUCUCAGAAAGAGUGGUGAGGCACUGUCACAGGCUACCCAGGAAGGUGGUGGAGUCACCGUCCCCGGAGGCUCAAAAAGCAUGUAAAUGUGGCACUGAGGGGGGCAUGGGUCAGUAGGCAUGGUGGCAAUGGGUUGAUGGUCAGACAAGGUGAUCUUAGAGGUGUUUUCCAGUCUUAAUGAUUCUAUAAUUUCUCCCUUCUCAUAGUAUGCACCAACCCGUUGUGCGGUUGCACAGACAUCCACGGAGCAAGGCAGCCUUCCUCCCUGCCAUCACCAUGAAGCAGUGCACGACCCCCAGCUGGUUCCCUGCAUGUGUCCACUUUUCUCCUGCCCAUGGGAAGGGCACCUGGAGGUGGUGGUGUCCCACCUGAGGCAAACUCACCGCAUCAACAUCCUUCAGGGGGCAGAGAUUGUCUUCCUGGCCACGGACAUGCACCUGCCCGCACCCACAGACUGGAUCAUCAUGCACUCUUGCCUUGGCCACCAGUUUUUGCUGGUUCUCAGGAAGCAGGAGAAGUACAAAGGUCACCCCCAGUUCUUUGCUACCAUGAUGCUGAUCGGCACACAAACCCAGGCCGACAACUUCACCUAUCGGCUCGAGCUCAACAGGAACCAGAGGCGCCUCAAGUGGGAGGCAACUCCGAGGUCGGUGCUGGAGUGCGUUGACUCUAUCAUUUCAGAUGGGGAUUGCCUUGUGCUGAACACUUCCCUGGCUCAGCUCUUUGCUGAUAAUGGGAGCCUAGCAAUAGGAAUUGCAAUAACCACCAGCAAAGUUCACAACAGUGAAGCUGAAAUCUGAGGGAAAAGAGGAAGAGAAGGAGGAGGAGGAAUAAUGGUGCUCUAGCUGCUUUGUGAGAGCCAGAACUUGCAGACUUUUGGGGGGGUCUCAGGUCUUUUAUGGUAUUUAGUACUGGUCCACAGUGGGCAUUAUGUAAACAUCCUGUGGUUACGGUCUCUGUGUAAUGUAUUUACUGUUUUGUUAAUACAAUUUUAUGAGAAAUUUUAAAGAGGCUGAUCAAUUUAUUGUCGCCUUCUAGCAACACUGGCACCUUUUGGCUUGAUGCUGCUCUCCUGGAAAGUGCACCAGGAUGACUCACAAAAUCCUUUGGCUUGAGAAUGCCAUGAAAACACACUUCUUCCAUUUCUUGCCUAAUUGCUAGGUAUUAAGAAGGCCUGCAUGUCUGGUAAACAUAAAGUAUUCCACUAAGGUACAAGAACACUCAAUUUGCAAUAAAUUCCUUGAUCGCUGAUUCAAGAGCAGCUUCAGAGAAACCAGCUGACUGCAAGUGGGCUGGUUUGCAAAAGGCCUCAGACUACCAGAGGAAGCCUGUGCCUCCCCUCCCAACUAUCUUUUGAAAUGUUUACUUAUCUCCCCAUGUUAUUUUCCUCAUCAGCAACAGAGAUUUAAUGUUUAUACUGGUCACAACCAAACCCCAGGGAGUUUGUGGUUUGUCCCUUUAGCUCCUGGGGAAGUAAAGCUCACCAGAUGGACUUAGAACACUGUAGAAGAUAAAUCACUUCCUCUGCUGAGACAUGACCUGGGAAGCCUCAUCUUGCAUUAAAUCAAUCACAACAUUUAAUGAGAAGUCACUGUGAGUAUGGUUAAAUUUCACUCACUUAUCAUGAUGGGGAACAAAAGACUUGCCAGGUGAUCUACCUAGAGGGUGGAGAUGAUAUCCAUAAUCAAAAAUCAGAGUAUUCACCUUUUAGCUACUAUUUCCUCAUGUAUUCAAAAAGAGAUUUUCAGAAAAUUAAAUUUAGGAUAGCCCUAAAUUGUGUACUAAUCUAUCUAUUGAAUUCUUUACCCCUUAGCCCCACAGCUUGUGCUGACAGGCAUUGACUUGAAAAACACAGCUGGAAUCAAAGAAUCAUAGACUGGCUUAGGUUGGAAGGGACUUCAAAAUCCCACCCAGUUCCAACUCCCUGUUGUGGGCAGGGGUAUCACUCACCUCAUCAGGCUGCUCAGAGCACCAUCCAGCCUGGCCUUGAACAUCUCCAGGGGUGGGGCAUCCACCCCGAUUAGCAUCCACAGCUUCUCUGGACAAACUGUUCCUGUGCAGCUGGGAAUAUCUGCUUGUAAAUUGGCCAAGAGAUUUGUAAUGUACUGCUUUAAAAAGAACCUUAAUUUUUUUCUUCUAUAUACUUGGGUGUGGGAGUGGUCCCUUUCUUCUGCUGAGUGUACUUCACAGACAGCAGUGGUCACAGGAGAUCCUCCCUUAGAUGUCUCCUUGGGGAGCACCAAGCUCCUGGCCAUCUCCCAGUACUCAUCCUGGCUGCUGCUGAAUGCUUUUCUGAGAAGCAGCUGGUGGGUUGUGUCAGCUAGUAUCAGGCAGAGGCUGAGGCUGCUUGCCUGAGUCCCGUGGAAAACUAAGGAAUGAGACAAGUGAACUAAGGACAAGCUUUCCGCAUUUCAUAAGGCAUGUGAGAUAGCUAGCCUUGGGUAGAGAAAAGCCCUGGUGCUAAUUUCCCCCACCUACUGCUCCCCUGGGAAUUUCUGAAAAUAGUGCAUGAAUAAAACAAAUUGCAGUUUUCCGAUGAAUGCUGGUAAUGCAUCUUUUGAGUCACCUCAUGUCCUCACUUGGGCUUUCAUAGCAGGCUGCUGCUCAGAGAGGAGCCAAGACCUCUUCAGCAGGCUGCUCAUGACCACGAAAGAAUGGAGGCUGAGAUCUCGAGAAGGCUCAGUCUGGUAUGUGGUAUAUAUAUGCCGGGAUAUACUUACACAGCUCUUCUGUCUCCACAUUUUCCAGGGCCAUUCUGGUUUGCAGCACUUUACCGAAAUGCACAGGCUUCAGAGUGGCUUGCUGUUUCCCUGCAAUGUUAAAUAUUCAGAACCAGCAACUGCUGCCCUUUCCCUAAAUGAUGGUAAUAAAUAAAUCCUUGGCACUUUUGUGAACUGAAACUUCUCCAGCUCCUCCGGCAAA